CUGCCGCAUACGUGGUGCUCCUUCAGAGACGAUGCCGCUGUACAGUACGUGCUUGGUGCUGUUGAAUCCCUCUUCACAGAGGCGGGUGUCUCGCGCGAUUUCCCAGUUGUCGAUGCACGUGUAUUGCCGUCUUUAGAAGCACCCGAGGAAGAGACACCGCAACCGGGACCUUCGAUUACCGGUCCGGUGCGCGAGGUCAGAGAAGUGCUUCCAAACAUGGAUAUUGAUCUGAUUCAAGUGAGUAGUCCAGUUCUGUUCCCAAAUGAGGUUUCCUAUAGUCCUCUGGUAGACACAAAUCACUUUAGCAGUUUUAUAAGAAGAAAGUCAAAACGCGAAGAAAUUUUUUUUCGAUAUAUCGCUUCAGGCAUUUACCCACAUAGUUCGAUUAGUCACUAG